GCAUUUCUACUGACUGAAUUAAAAAUAUUCAUCAAAUAAACAAGUUAUUUGAUGAAUAUUUUUCGUAAGCUACAUUUGAAUCUUCUUCUUCAAAAUGAGUAGUUUUCAUAAAACUAGUGAUUCACGUGUGACUAUCAAUGGGACUAAAGUAAAAAACUGUUUGCCGAUAAUAUCAUCUGGUAUUCCCUCUUUGGAUCAUGUAAUUGAGGAAGAUGUUCUUGCUAAUUACAGUAAAGUUCUCUUGAAGUAUUUCUUAUCAGAAGGCGUAGCUUGCAAGCACGACCUGUGCAUUGCAUCAGCUGAUGAAGACCCAGCCAACAUUGCCAAGGAGUUACCUUUACCAACAACAAUUCCACAGGACGAUGAAAUCACGACAGCUGCUGCAGAUGUAGAUAAAAUGAAAAUAGCUUGGAGAUAUGAAGGGCUUAGCCAAGUGGAGUCCUCUUUUGGUAACAACACAAGUUUUGGUCACCAUUUUGAUCUGAGCAAACAUAUUGAUGCCAAAACUAUUGACAACCACAAGAUACAUUAUUGUAAACUGGAAAUUGAAAAUAGAAGUGUAAAUGGUUUCAAGAACAAUUUGUACCACAAAUUAUUAACUACUAUUAAAGAAUUAGUUUCUAAUGAAGAAUAUCAAAGUAGUGUUAAGAAAAACAGUAAUAUCUUAAGGAUUGGUGUACAUGCGUUGGGAUCUCCUACAUGGAUGGCAAUGGACUGUGAUGAUGAAGCCAAUACUGUUUAUGGCCAAGAUCUGAUCAAGUUCAUGUAUUGUCUGAGAGUAAUACUCAGGGACACCAAUGCUGUGGCAUUUGUAACCAUUCCAGCUCAUCUAUUUGACGAUGAUCAUGUAAUGUCAAGGCUACUGUAUUCAGUAGAUAAUGCUGUCAGAAUAGAAUCAUUUGCUGGCUCAAGUAAAGAAACAAACCCAGUUUACAAAGAUUAUCAUGGGCUGUUCCAUAUAACUAAGUUAUCAGCUAUGUAUUCACUUGUACCAUUUGUUCCGCCCAGUCUUGAUCUAGCAUUCAAACUAAAGAGGAAGAAGUUUGUCAUAGAGAAGCUGCACCUACCUCCAGAACUCCAAGAAACAAAGGAACGGGAGCAAGAUGACAUCACAGGUGUACCAAAUGCAUGUGGUUUUGUGGAGGUAAUAUGUGGGUUUCUAUUGCUAUGUGAUUCGAAAAGAAUAUUGCUAUCACGGUUACUGGCUGCUCCUGAUGAUGAUUUGCUGACGCAUCCACCGUUCUACUACCUGGCCCUCGGUCUACUGGCGGCUGGCCUGGCUAUGUGUGCUACAGGAGCGCUCGGUUGUUGGGCCACCUACAUGCCCAGUUAUUCCGUCCUAAGCAUUUAUUUUCUGGUGGUACUAGCAAUGUUGCUAUGUCAAUGCGCCGGCGGUGUUAUAGCUGCUAUCUGGCCACGAUGUCUAGGACUUCAAAGCACGCGAGGAGGUGCAGUCGGUGCCCUACAGACAUACUACGCACUACCCGACUUCGAACAUUUUACUGCCGCUGUAGAUCUCGCACAAACUGAGUUACAGUGCUGCGGUAUGACAGACGCCCGAAACUAUGACAUGUCGAUCUGGCAACUAAGACGUCUCGGGCCGCGGGGCAUGUCGGUCCCGCUCAGCUGUUGUGUACAAUACGAAGACAACGUGUCGUACCUCAACCCUGCGCCAGUAAACGCGUCACGAUGCCAAGAAGUACAAGCCAAUCCCACUUUUAGAUAUGUACCCGGUUGUCUUGGACCUCUAGAAGACUGGUACCAACAGCAAUACUUAAUACUUAUGCUUGGUCUAUUCAUCGUGGCGCUCUUCAAGCUGGGAGUUCUACUGAGCACUAUAUUCUCUUGCAUACGACUCAAAAAGCGCAGACAAAUACUGCAGGCUGCAUUCUCUAUGAGAUCGUUAGACAAUAACACGAACGAAAAUAUUUAUGAAUGUAAACUUAGCACAGUGCAUGAAGAACCAAUCACUGCUAAAUACAUCCAGCCGAAUAAUUUUUAUAGUCCAAGGUUACGGAACCCAAGAAUUUUCGAUAGUAAACCAAAUGAGGUCGUAUGAGAAUUAGCUACGGAGAUAAAUGCUUUAGAGAAGAAGUUGGAAAGGUUUUCAGAUUAUUUGUACAAGCAUCAAGCUGACUCUAUCAUGUGGUGAUCAGACUGUCAGCUCUGCCAACAGGACCUGCCCAGCUUUUUGCGUAAUAAAUGUAAGUUUUUGACUCUCAAAAAUAUUUGAAUACGAAAUAUGUGCCAUAAAUCAAAUAUUCUUAUAACAUUUACUACUUAAUAAGAGCAAGGUCCGCACAAUUUGCAUUGUUCUCUAAAGUACUUACUCCGGCUUUACGUUAGUACUUCUAUGUGUUCGAUUAGUUUAAUUAUUAGGAUUUAAAAUAAAUAAAACACAUUCACUCAAUAUGCAAUAUUAUUU